AUGAAAAGGUGUUUCUUCAACGUGCGCGCGAAAGUGAGUGUGCACCUAAACGGUAAUGCCAGGGCCAUCGAACAGACCAAUCAAAGGAAAAUAUUUGCGAACACAAACGCAAGGUGGUAUCGCCCAUCAGGGGAUACGAAUGAGUUACGUUCUGCCCACUCUAGCUGCAUGAGGAGCAUAAAGGAAGGAAAUCUUAAUGUGCAUGAUCUUGAUUUUAUGAAAUGCAUUUUGCUAAAUGAUGAAAGAAAGUGGAACAAAGAGUCGCUCCCAGAGGAGCGCAGAACAGAAUCAACACCCCAGUCUAAAAUAAUCACCAUCGUCCUGAACAAUACAAUUUGCGCCCAUUCGGCCAAAAUUAUUCCUAACUCGGAUAUAUUAAUAUGCGCCGAUGGAGGCGCCAAUAGGUUGUACAACUGGUGUCAGUCGUUAGAUAGGGAGAGAAACGCAACCCAUAAGCAUAGUUCACCGAAAGGGGAAGAAGACAAAAACACAGCGCUGUAUGCAUUGCACCAAAAUGAGCAUUCGCAGCACGUGCACGGACGACACACUAUCGCUGAUUUAUUCAACAUGCCAGUGGAAGAAACGAAGAAGAUGCUGAGGUAUCCCACCGAAAUAGUGCCCCACAUAAUUUGCGGCGACUUUGAUAGCAUAAGUGAACAUGUGUACAGCUACUACAAAAACAAGUCAGUCAUAUUCGAAAAGUGUGCCAACCAGGAAAAUACAGACCUUGAUAAAUGUAUCGACGUGAUACGAGCACACAUCCGCAAGAAUGACAAAAUAUUAAUUUUAGGAGCCACAGGAAACAGGUUUGACCAUACGUGUGCAAAUAUUUCUUGCCUAUACAAGAAUGCAUCCCUAAAUAGUUUGUACUUAAUUGGGGAGAAUAACUUCCUCUUUUUGCUCCAGCAAGGAAGUCAUAUUAUACACGCAAGUCCCGACAUCUUUUACAAAGGCUGCGGCAUUUUACCCAUUGGCGGAAAGUGUACAAUUAAAACAGAAGGGCUCAAGUACAAUUUGAAUGAUGAAUGCUUGAGCUUCGAUACUCUUAUUAGUUCGUCAAAUGAAGUUGUCCAGAGGGAGGUAAAAAUUUUUACCGAUUCUCCUGUGGUUUGGAGUGCCCAGUUAAGGGGUGGGGAAGAUCAUGUGCGGCCCUGCACACACAACUAG